AUGGAGAGAACACCGACGAAGCAGACCAUUCAAGACUCUUACCACGGUGCGUCCACCCGGAGUACAUACUCAACGUACCAGCGCCAGUUCGAGGCGUUCUGUGCGCAUCACAAGAACGGCCUGAACCCCAACGCUGCCACGCCGGAGGACUGCACGGACUUCCUGCAUCCUUUAUACAGCAUGGGAAGAAAAUCCCGCACUGUUGACUCGGCAAAAACUGCGCUGGUAUCGUUCUUCAAAGAGAGCUCCAUCUCCCCAAACCCAGCACAGGACAUGCAUGCGAAGCGCUAUGUCAUUGGGUUACAGAAGUACAACCGGCAGAGCAACGUCGACGACGAGAAAAAGGCGCACCCAUUGACUGUCCACGAGCUGUCCACAUUGAUCAACUUGUUUGCCAACCACAAUCCUUUUGAUGAAUCUGGUCGAUACGUGUCGAUCAGGCUGCGAUGGCACAAGAAAGCAAGUGUGGAAAAGGAGUGUCAAGUAUACCACUUGGUCGACGAAGCGUCUUACCCAUGUCUCCGAAUUUGCACGCUGUAUGAAGGCUACCUCGACAAAGUCCGCCAGACGCAAGUCAACGUGUCUCAAGAGGCGUGCGUGUUUCCAUCUUUGUCCAACCAGUAUGACAGUGUUCGUGUGGACUGGUUCAAGCCUCUGGAUCAAAACUACGUCCGACGCCUUCUCCAAGACUUGGUUCAUGCUGGGCUGACGUUUGACAGCAUUGUGGAGGCUGUGCAGAAAGGCAUGGGCAUUGAGCAGCCGAAACCUGUGCUGCCACCUGCUCGACAGCGACAACUGUCACUUCGUGAGUGCGUGGUGACCAAGAGCAUUCCAACGGCACGAUCUGCAAGAGACGCUUGGGAUCAAUGGUUUACUGCCUGCCCCAAGAGCGGUUUGUUUUGCGCUAUCAAGGACUUUACAAAGGACAUGAUCAAGUGCGAUCGGCGAAAGAUUCAUGCCCAAUAG